AUGACUCCUGCCACUGGAGCCCCCCCCCACGCCCCCCAGAUCACCCAGAGGCAUCACACAGAGCUGGAGGGUGAAAAAGUAUGGGAAUCUAUCGAGGUGCCCUCCAGCCUGUGCACUGGGAAGCGAGGCCAGCCUGGCUCCGAGGCCCUGGCUGUGUUGGCCAGAGACGGACACAAGGUCGUCCUAGAGAAGAUAGAAGACUGGAAUGUGGUAGAACUCGUGGUGAACGGAGAGGCGAUCUUCCACUGCAGCAUCCAGGACCUGGAGUUUGGAGGUGAUGGUAAACUAGACCCACUGUGCGAAGAGGCCAGGAUAGCCGUGCUCAAGGCCUACUGA